AUGCAUCUGUACUUGCGCCUCAAGGCGCUCGUCAGCUUUGCCCGCUUCCAUGUAUGGUGGGGUGGCAUGCCAAAGGCCUCCCCAGACUCUGUCUUGCAGAUUCCUUCAAGAACUGGUCGCAGCAUCAAGGGCCAUUUCUACAAAUCCACCUUUUUCACUCCUGGCAUCCCAUCACCUCUCUUGAUCAACUUCCACGGCAGUGGAUUUGUGUUCUCUCUUCACGGCUCGGACGACUUGUUCUGUCGCAAGGUCUCCACUUCAACUCCUUACUCGGUUCUCGACAUUCAAUACAGCCUAGCACCUGAAUACCCCUGGCCAGCAUGUCACAAUGACGCCGAAGACGUCGUGAACUGGGUCCUCGGUCAACCAGACGCCUACUCGACUUCUCAAAUCGCCAUUUCUGGUUUCAGCGCUGGUGCAAAUAUGGCUUGCGUUGCGGCUUCACUGACCUACCCCAAGAACACAUUCAACACACUGCUAGCCUUCUACCCACCUACCGAUCUCUCCAUCAAGCCAGAGGCAAAGGCAGCUCCAGAAGAAGAUGGCAGAUCAGACGACUCGACUGCAAAAAUGGCAGACUUGUUCAAUGCCUGCUACUUGCGCCUGGACCCUGACAAUGCAGACCCUCGUGUCUCGCCUGCUCUUGGACCUGUGGAGAACUACCCCGAGAACUCCUUGUUCAUCACCUGUGGACGCGACAGUCUCUGUCUGGAAACCGAGGGUUUGGCCAAGCGCGUCGAGGAAAGACACGGAGACAGCGUAAUGCUAAGACGCAUGGACAAAUGCGGACAUGCAUGGGACAAGAGAGCGCGUCCCGGAUCAUACCAGGAACGCAAGCGUGACGAGGCGUACGGACUGGCUAUCGAAAUGUUGAUGAAGACAAAGCAAUGA